AAGAAAAGAAAGAAAUGCUGUGGUGAAGAAGUGGAUAAGGUACUCUGAAAUUUGUCAUGAGUUUUGUAAUAAAUUACAGAUAUAGAUUAUGGAUUAAGAUCCUCCCCGCCAUUCACAUACCGAACCACUGCACUGCUUAAGCAUGGCAAUGACAUUUGAAACGGGUCGUUUUCACCUUUCGCGCCCAACGGCCUCAAAGCACUUGUUAUUCUCGGCCAUUAUCAAACGACCAAAACCCGUUUCGCUUCCUUCUUCUCGGUUCUUCCAUUGCCGAUCGAGACGCCUCGUUUUGACGCAGAGAUUCGCAUCGAAAGUCUGCGCGGUGAAAGUCGAGCAGAAGAACGUCGCUACGGAAUCAGGAGAGUGGGGGAAGGUUUCCGCGGUGCUCUUCGACAUGGACGGCGUGCUUUGCAACAGCGAAGAGCCUUCAAGAAAAGCCGGCGUCGAUUUGUUUGCCGAGAUGGGCGUCGAAGUCAUCGUCGACGAUUUUGUGCCGUUUACGGGAACAGGAGAAGCUAACUUUUUGGGAGGUGUUGCUUCUGUUAAGGGAGUUAAAGGAUUUGACCCAGAAGCUGCCAAAAAAAGGUUCUUUGAAAUAUAUUUAGAUAAGUAUGCAAAACCAGAUUCUGGAAUUGGAUUUCCGGGUGCCCUUGAACUCAUUUCUCAGUGUAAAAGCAAAGGCCUUAAAGUGGCUGUUGCAUCUAGUGCUGAUCGUGUAAAGGUUGAUGCAAAUCUAGCUGCUGCUGGUUUACCAUUGUCAAUGUUCGAUGCGAUUGUCUCUGCAGAUGCUUUCGAGAAUUUGAAACCUGCUCCUGAUAUUUUCUUAGCUGCAUCGAGAAUAUUGAAUGUGCCCCCCAGUGAGUGUAUUGUUAUAGAAGAUGCGCUAGCUGGAGUGCAGGCUGCCAAAGCUGCGCAAAUGAGAUGCAUAGCUGUAAGGACCUCAAUAUCAGAUGCAGUUUUAGAAUCUGCAGAGCCAUCAUUUAUCCGGGAUGACAUAGGAAGUGUUUCACUUGAGGAUAUUCUCUUUGGUGGCACUGUUGGAUAUAGUAUGAACCUAACAAAUUGGUUCGACCUACCGUUUCAAGAAGCGGUCGGAUCAUCAGGAGAACUGCCGGAUAUCCUUAGGAGAGGAGUGUUGGAUCUUUGGGAGAGAAGGGGCUUAGAAAGAAGUGAGAAAUCUAUCAUGAAAGGACAGAAAGAAGGUUUAGAAGAAGAGCUGGAGGAAGACAGGGGUGAACAAAAUUGGAGGAAGCAGGAAGAAUUGCCCAGGUUUGAGGGGCUAGACCCGUUGAGAUGGAUCUCUAAGGCAGAGAAGUUCUUUGACAUCCAGAAUGUCACAGAGAAGGAGAGGCUCAGGUUGGCUUACAGCUGCAUGGAGGGAGGCACCAUCUAUUGGUUCAGGGCCUGGAAAAAUAAAACCAAGAACCUUUCUUGGAAAGGGCUGAAAGAGACAUUGAUAUGGGGAGUUACAGAAGCUGCCUCUGAGAAAGUUGUAGAAGUUUCUGCUGCAAGGGUGGAUAACGUGACAAAUGUUGGUAGGGAAAAUACAUCAGGUGAAGAUCAUGAUGGGAAGGUUGUGACUCUUGUUUCUCCAAGUAAAGUUGCAAAAGUUGUUGUUUUUAGUGGAGAUAGAGUGGUAGGUUGUGGUGGGAAUGUCAAAACAGUAAAGAAAGGGGAAGAAUUGUUGAGGCCUGGGGUUAAAACAGUGGUGUCAAAGAGCAACCCAGUUGAGUUUGUUUACCGGCAAGAGAGGACCUGCUGCAAGAUAUCAAGAAAGGAAAGAAACACUCAUGUGGAGGAGAAAAUUCAAGCAAUUGGGAGCAAAAAGAAGAGGAUGCCAUUGACAAUAAUGGAGCUAGGAAGGAUGGGGAGUGUGGAAAUUUUACAUGAGAGUUUGCAAGUAGAUGGAGCAACUGCCAAAAGUGUUACAAGAGCCGAUGAAGUCAGAGUUGAGAUUUUGAGGACUUCACAAAAUUGGGCUAAAAGAAUCCAAGAAAAGUGGAAGUCAUUGGAGGAGGAUUUGCCACCACCCAAGCCUCCAGACCUGAAUUGGAGGGCAACAUCCAGUGGGUUCCCUACAUAUGGUAACAGGUUGAAGAAGAGGAGUCAUGAGAUCAAGCUUUCCGGUUCCAACCUUGAGGACAGCAUUUCUCUCGUUUCUUGCAUAUUUCUUCUCCAUUCUUGCAUAUUGCUUCUCCAUUCUGCCAUGCUGAUUUUUAGUUCGCUGGUCCUCCUCUCCAAGUGUAUUGUUAUAGAAGAUGCGCUAGCUGGAGUGCAGGCUGCCAAAGCUGCGCAAAUGAGAUGCAUAGCUGUAAGGACCUCAAUAUCAGAUGCAGUUUUAGAAUCUGCAGAGCCAUCAUUUAUCCGGGAUGACAUAGGAAGUGUUUCACUUGAGGAUAUUCUCUUUGGUGGCACUGUUGGAUAUAAUGAGAGGAUGCAGGGCUCUGAAACUCUAAAUAAUUUUGCAGAGUCUUCAUCUACUGUGCUUGAUGGAGGGUUGCAGGGUUCUCGGCGAGAUAUACUGAGAUAUGGAAGUCUGGGCAUUGCUAUCUCUUGCCUUAUCUUCACCUUAAAUAACUGGAAGGCAAUGCAAUAUGCUUCUCCAAAAGCUGUUUGGAAUCAGUUGUUUGGUGUUGCCCUGCCACCCUUGGAGCAGAAAGAUAACUCAAGAUAUGAUAGGAUCCAGCAAUUUGUGAACUACAUUUCUGAUCAGGAAAGCAGGGGAAAUGCCCAGAUAGUUCCAGAAUUUCCAUCUAAACUUGAUUGGCUGAAUACAGCUCCACUUCAGUUUCGCAGGGAUCUGAAAGGAAAAAUUGUUUUGCUGGAUUUCUGGACUUAUUGUUGUAUAAACUGUAUGCAUGUGUUGCCAGACUUAGAUGCUUUGGAGAAAAAAUACAAAGAUAUGCCGUUUGUUGUCGUGGGUGUUCAUUCUGCAAAGUUUGAUAACGAAAAAGAUUCUGAGGCUAUUCGCAAUGCAGUUUUACGCUAUGGAAUUUCUCACCCGGUUGUCAAUGACGGAGACAUGUUUCUUUGGAGGAACUUGGGUAUAAGUUCAUGGCCAACAUUUGCUAUAGUUGGCCCUGAUGGUAAGCUUCUUGCACAACUAGCAGGAGAGGGUCACAGGAAGGAUCUAGAUGAUUUUGUGGAGGCUGCCCUUCUAUAUUAUGGAAAGCAGAACAUGCUGGACAAUACGCCAAUUUCCUUGAAUUUGGAGAAAGAUAAUGAUCCACGCCUGUUGACUUCUCCAUUAAAGUUUCCAGGAAAGCUAGCAGUUGAUGUCCUUAAUAACAGGCUUUUUAUUUCUGACAGCAACCAUAAUCGUAUAGUGGUUACUGACCUUGAUGGGAAUUUUAUUGUACAAAUCGGGAGCAGUGGGGAGGAAGGUUUGAACGAUGGUUCUUUUGAUGAUGCUACUUUUAACCGACCUCAGGGCCUUGCUUAUAAUGCAAAGAAAAACAUCCUUUAUGUUGCAGACACUGAAAACCAUGCUCUGAGGGAAAUUGAUUUUGUUAAUGAGAAAGUACGGACCCUUGCUGGAAAUGGGACCAAGGGCUCUGAUUAUGUUGGAGGUGGAAAAGGAGGCACACAGCUUCUCAAUUCCCCUUGGGAUGUCUGCUUUCAUCCAUUCGAAGAAACAAUUUAUAUUGCCAUGGCUGGCCAACAUCAGAUUUGGGAGCACAAUUUAUUAGAGGCAACUUCCAGAGCAUUUAGUGGUGAUGGCUAUGAAAGAAACUUAAAUGGAUCAAGUUCUACAAACACGUCAUUUGCACAACCUUCUGGUCUUUCGUUGUCUCAAGAUCUAAGCAAGAUCUACAUCGCUGAUAGUGAGAGUAGUUCAAUUCGAGUUGUGGAUCUGAAAACAGGAGGAUCACAGUUGUUAGCUGGUGGUGACCCAAUGUUUGCUGACAAUUUGUUUAAGUUUGGUGAUCAAGAUGGAAUAGGCUCGGAUGUACUUCUUCAACAUCCAUUGGGGGUUAUGUGUGCAAAUGAUGGUGAAAUUUAUAUCGCAGAUAGCUACAAUCACAAGAUCAAGAAGCUAGAUCCAACUAGUAAAAGAGUUAGCACCAUUGCAGGAACUGGAAAAGCUGGUUUCAAAGAUGGAACGGCUGUAAAAGCUCAGCUCUCUGAACCGGCAGGAAUUGUUGAAGGGAACAACGGGAGAUUAUUUAUAGCUGACACAAACAACAGCUUGAUUCGAUAUCUAGAUUUAAACGCUGAUGAAACUGAACUCCGUACCUUGGAGCUUAAAGGAAUUCAGCCUCCUAAACCAAAAUCAAGAUCUUUUAAACGUCUUAGACGACGAGCAUCAGCCGACACAGUGCCAAUUCCGAUUGAUGCCAUUUCAUCAAAUGAGGGAAACUUGUCUAUUAAAAUAUCAUUACCAAGCGAGUAUCAUUUCUCAAAGGAAGCCCGCAGUAAAUUCAGCGUGGAUAUUGAACCUGAAGAUGCUGUGAAUAUUGAACCCCUCGAUGGAUUCCUUAGUCCAGAAGGAUCUGCAACUCUUCACUUUAAGAGAUCCUCUAACUCUGCUUCAGUGGGAAGAAUUAAUUGCAAGGUUUACUAUUGCAAGGAAGAUGAAGUUUGUUUGUACCAGUCUUUGCUGUUUGAGGUCCCCUUCCCAGACGGUGCUUCUAGCCCUGCCAAAGCAGACGUUACUCUCGCACAUUUUGUGAAACCCAAAACUUCAACCAGCAACUUACUGGAGACAGUUGUCCGGUGAGUCGGUGACACCAUAAAAAGACAAUUGUAUUCAAAUGCUUGAGUGUCAUGAUCUUUCUUCCGAUACAACAGAUCAUAAGUUCAUAACUAACAAAGUUCAAGGUAAGUUGCGUACCUUUCUCGCUUCUCUGAAGAUGUCGUCAUCAAUAAUCAUUGUGUAAUCUAUGUUAAAUAAUUUAUCUUAUUAGUUAUAUUCAUUGUUAUAAUGGUUGUUUUGUGGAUAAGCAAAGAUGGAUUGUCUACGAAGUCGACACUCGUGCAUCAUCCAUGUUAUGAUAAUUGGAGGCCAAUAAUUGAGCAUACUAACAUUAUUGUAAAAAAACAUAUCUAUGCUGAACGUUUAAAACUUUACGUGUGUUUCCGAA